UUUGGGUUGGUGCUCCCGCCCCCAAUGGCGUGCACUAGUCAAUUGCCUCGAGCUGGCAGCCGGGACGGCGAGCUGCUCACGUGGGCGAUGGGCGAUUCGUCCGAGAGGCAUGACGUCGAGGACGAGGCGGGCCGCCGCGGACUGUCGGCGGGCGGCGCGAUGGAUCAGAUCGAGGACGAGAUGGAGGCUCUCGCGCUCAGCAGCUCCGUGGCGAGGAAAGCCGCCGCCGCCGAGCGGCAGGCCAAGCAGGCCACCCUGCUCUCCACCGCCAUCGAGCAGGCCUUCCCGGUGCCGGCGCCUCGCUCGGUGAGCGGAGGCCGCGCCCAGAUCACCGACGCCUAUGGCAGACGCGCCUGCGCAAAGGUCGAACACGUGAUCAUCGGCGGCGAGGGCGUGACCCUGGCGUUUGUGGCGGUGCCGGCCAGCAAUACCGCUUCCAGCGCCGCUGCAAAGGAGACGGAGCGCCGGCUGGCGCACGCGAUCCUCGUCUGGUGCUCGAAACACGUCGCGCGGCUGGUGGUUGCGGGGGCGGAGGAGGACGGGAGCGGCAAGUCGCUGCGCCGCGCCGGCCGUUCCUUCUUCAAAGAGGCGCAGGCCACCGCCCUGCGGGACCACCCGAAGCUCGCCAAGUGCGCCGCCGCGUGCACGCUCGUCCUGUGCGCCGUGAACCACUCGCGGGGAGAGGUGACGACCUGCCACCUCGGCACGUGCGUCGCCGUGCUCGCCUCGCGGACCUCCCCGCCGACCCUCCUCUCCCGCAACCACCGCGUGCAAGACUGCGCGGCCGAGAGGGCUCGAGUCGAGGCGUCGGGCGGCUGCCUCGCCCACACCGCCAGCCAGGACGGCCAGCCGCGAGGGCCGCUGCUCAUCUGGCCGGGCGGGCACGAGACGGCGAGGUGCAUCGGCUCGCUCGGCACUGGGAGGGCGCAGCGGGCUGCUGCUGCCCACCCCCUCCUGCUCCACCGUCCCCCUGCCGGCCGGCCAGUGCGACCUCCUCCUCGCAUCGGCCUCCGUCCUCGACGAGAUCGACGUCUCCGCCGCUUUUGCGCUCAUCCGGCGCGCCCCCUGCGCCCAGUCGGCGGCGCAGCUACUCAUCGAGGCCGUCGCCGUCCAGCGCCGCUCCUACCUGCAGGGCGACCAGUCGGGCCGCCUACAGCCCCGCCGGCUGUCCGCGUGCGCGGUGCUGCGCGUCGGCGCGUCGCACGCCGCCGGCCGCUCCCGCGCGCCGCUCAAGCCGAGCGCGCUCCACGGCAAGUCGCGAUGGGACAGGACGACCGACGCGACGCCACAGGACUCGGCCUUCUCGAGCGGCGCCGCGACGCCGGACGUCUCGCCGCCGCCGGCCGCACCCCCGAGGCGCGCGCGCAUCGACAGCGCCGACCCGCCCGCCGCCACCGCGACCGUGCUGCGCGUCUCGACCGCGAGCGCCGAGGCGGCCGACGACCGGCCCCGGCCCCGGUCCGCCCUCUCCUGGCUGCCCUUCUUCUCGUGAGGGCGGCGUUGCGGCUCGGUGACCCGCCCAUGCACUCCCCGCCGCGCCGCCGCAUGCCAACCAUUUGUGCGGUGUGGCUCCUGCGGCUGCGCCGCCACUCGUGUCGUCACUUCCCACACGCACACCUCCCUAGAGGUACGCGUGCCGGGCGUCUAGAAUGUAGCAUGUGAGCUCUCCGAGCGACGCGCGUACUUGCCCCCUGACACAGUUAUUGUUAUGGUGUUAUGGCUCUCUGGGCAUAGGGCGCAUAGCAGCCCAUAACAUGUUAUGGGUGCUGCUUCGCGAGAGCCGCUGCGGGUCCUCGGUGCUAUGCUUAUGGCCCGAGAGGCCACGCCGAAAACUGC